UUUGGACUUGGCUAGUUGUUAUGAUGAGUUCUAAGGGUGAUGGUGCACUUCCUUCUGUGAUGCAGUGCGUAGUAUGCUAUGGUCCAAACGACUAUCGCAUGGAGACACGCCCCAUUCCUGUCAUUGGAGAUGACGAAGUAUUGGUGAAAGUACUGGCUGUUGGAAUUUGUGCUGGAGAUGCUAAAUGUUUUUCUGGAGCACCUUAUUUUUGGGGUAGUGACACUUGGCCUCAAUAUGUUCAGCCACCUGUAAUCCCUGGACAUGAAUUUGUUGGGGAGGUAGUCAAGCUUGGUAAAGAUGCAAAGGCAAAGCAUAAUUUGGAAGUAGGUGAUUAUGCUGUAUCUGAAAACAUUGUUCCUUGUUGGGAGUGUCGCUAUUGUAAAAGAGGAAGCUACAACAUGUGUAUUCCUCACGAUGUAUAUGGUUUUCAUCAAAAUUCAUUUGGUGCAAUGUGUCAGUACAUGAAGUAUCCCAGCAAAGCUAUUAAUCAUAAGAUAUCCAAAUCCAUUCCACCUUGGAAAGCUGCUUUUAUUGAGCCAUUAGCAUGCUCUGUACAUGCAGUUGAACUUGGCAAAAUUGAGUUUGAUGAUGUUGUGGUGGUUUCUGGUUGUGGACCAUUAGGUUUAGGCAUGAUUGCUGCAGCUAAAUUGAAAUGUCCAAAGUUGUUGAUUGCUAUGGACCUCUAUGAUUGGAAGCUGGAUAUUGCUAAAAAGUGUGGAGCGGAUGUGACCCUUAAUCCUGCUACUUGCAAUGCAAUUGAAAAUGUUAAAAAACUGACUGAUGGAUAUGGAUGUGAUGUAUACAUUGAAGCAACUGGAAAUCCUGCUUCAGUGAAACAAGGAUUACAGAUGAUUGCUAGACAAGGAACUUUUGUGGAGUAUAGUGUGUUUGGUAAAGAAACUACUGUUGAUUGGACUGUUAUAUCUGAUGCAAAAGAAUUGACAAUAAGAGGUGGUCAUUGCAGCCCUUAUACAUAUCCUGUUGCUAUAAGAAUGAUUGAAAAUGAUCAAAUACCACUAGAGGAUAUAAUAACUCACAGGCUACCAAUGAAAGAAUUUUUGAAAGGAAUUGAACUAGUCAACAAAAGUGCUGAAUCUAUAAAAAUAGUUUUAUUGCCUUGGGAAAAUUAAUUAGAAAUAACUGUAAUUGAUUUAUCUAUUUUUGUUGUUGCUGCUACAUGAUUUUAUUCAUUAAAGGGCGAGGUCAAUGGAACUUGUAUAACA